AUGGAGGUCCUUACUCCAAAUUCAAAAUACGAGACCAUGGUAUCAUAUGAAGAAAAUUUCUACAAUGAGGAAGAAUUGGAAAUGGAAUUUAUGACAAUUCAAGAAAAUGCCAUCAUGAUUUUUCAAUUCGAGGCAAACAUUAAUGCCAAAGUAGAAGAUUCCCAAGAAACCAAAGAUGAAGGUGAUGUUAAUAUUCCAGAAACUGAAAUAAAAGAAGAAAGCUGUGAGGAUAGUGAACUGUUUGAAAGUGAAACUGAGAAGUCAUUUACUGUUCUUGCACCCAAAAAACAAAGAGAAGCUGCUCAGAAGAAAUUAAAAAAGUCUAAAAAAUCAAAAAAGAAAACAACACACAAAGUGAAAAAAUGGACAAGUGUUGAUAACUCCUAUAUUGGAAUAAAUUUAACAUUAUUUCCACGACCAACAAAAUCCACAGAAUUUGAAGGGGACAUUGAUAAUAUUUUAAGUGAUAUUAACAAGGAAUUAAAUAAUUUUGAAAAGCUAAGUGCUAAGUUCCAACCCAUGUUAGAGUUAGAAAGUGACAAUAGAAAAAUGAAAUAUAUACGUAAAGACAGGCAUAGGAAAAUUCAGAAAGCUUACAAACAAAUUAAAACUAAAUAUGGACGUAGUCUUCGAAAUAACAAGGGUCAUAAAAAAUUGUUCAUCAAUCACAGAGUGAAAGCAAGAAUUCAACUAGAUGUAGAAAGAAUAUAUCUUCAUUUACCCAGUAAUUCUAAACACCCUGCUACUGAAUCAAACAGUAAUACUGAUACUAAAGCUCAGUCACAGAAGCAUAAUCGCCACUGGCAGGACCAGAACCGCCCAGCACCAGUUCAAAAUCUAGCGUAUGCCUUAGACACUGGAAACAAUCCUACAAAUUUUGAAGAAAAUACUUUAUCCUUGUUGAUAAAUUUACAACAUCGUGAAUUAACUCCAGAGGACUAUGAACUCUUAUCUAUCUUAGAUCAAAGUGUUGCACCGAAAACUGUAUCUCAAACUAUUAUUGAUGGUUUCAAAACAGCUGAAGUGACAGAAUCUCUUGCUGGUUUAACAUGUUCUGUGUGUUUAGAACUGUAUACAAUUGGACAAACAGUCAAAUAUCUUCCAUGUGGACAUGACUUUCAUAGCCAGUGUAUUGAAAUGUGGCUAAGUAAUUCCUCUAUGAAUUGCCCAUUAGAUGGUUUACCAGUGGAUAAUUGA